UCACUUUCAACCUGUCUACCAUAAAAUCGAAUUAUACUGUAACAUAUUUAAAGUCGCGAGUAAUAAAAAUUAUCAGAAUCGAAUAAGACAAUAUAUAAUUGUGAAAGAAAUAUGAAUCGACAACAAUUGGGAUUAUUAUUUGUAUCUACCUUAAUCGUUAUCAUUUCAGCGACCUCUCGGAACAUUAAUGGACAAGGAUUAGCAUCGAGAUCAGAAAAUAAAAAUGUGAUGAAUGCCGAGGAAACGAAACUAACAAAAAAGGAUUUUUUGUACGUCGUAAAUAACACGAUAACAACACUGCCGUGUAUUUUGACAAAUAUGUCAAUUACCAUUACGACGAAUACAACGAACGAUAAGAAUAACGCCAAUAAAACCUUAAGUGUUCCAGUCAACGCUACAGUCGGUGGCCAUUGUUCAUCUGUAAUAUCAGAAAUGAAACUAAUUUGGAAAGAAAAUAACACUGACAAAGAAAACACAAUUAAAUUUACAUUUAUCAACGAUCACGAAAAUUUCUCGCUUUUUUCUAUCGGUCUUAAUAUAUACCUAGAUAAAAAUAAUUCUUCUAAUUCAACAGGCGAUUGGUUUAACGCAACAUCAGAUACCGAUCUUCGUUUAUUCGUUGCACCCGUUACGAAUGGAAUUUAUAAGUGCGAAAGAAAAGAGGAAGUGAAAGUUGGUAACGCAAAAAUAGAUAUAAAAAACGUUUCUUUAAUCGCAUUUUAUAAGAACGGCGAUAUCUCUGCGCCCAAAGAAGAGCAAUGUUCCGAUAAAAAAAACAAAACUCCAACAUUUCCUUACGUUUUAAGGGAUAAAAAUGGCGCAUGUACAUUAGCAAGAAUGUCAAUCUCUUUGAAGAUACCAUACAGAAAGAAAAAUAUGCAAAACGAUACUGCGAUUAUAAAAGUUCCAACCACACUUAAUGUUUCCGGAGCGUGUGACUCUUCAAAGGGAACUUCUACUAUGUUGUUAAAGUGGAACCCAGAAGUGUCGAAAACUGAAUCGACAUUUGCAAAUAAUAUAACAAAUACAAUUAUAUUUUAUCUACAGAGAGACAAUAUAGAGAGCCACGUUUCUGUGAUUUCUGCUAACAUUUUCAUAGAUGAGACACAUUUCAAGGAUGCUCAGAACGCAGGUGAAUUCAUUCAGAUGCUUGCGACAUUUAAGGAUCUCUUUUCCACACCCGCCAAAAAUGGAAUCCAUAGCUGCUCUGAAAAAAUAUUUACGUCGAUAGGAGGAAUUACCGUAACUAUGCGCAAUGUUCUCUUAGUCGCCUUCGAUGCCCAACAAGAUUUCGCAUCGAAACAAGUAAUCGACUGUGAAAGAACAUAUUUUGAACGUGACUUCACGUAUAUUGUGUGGCGAAAUGAUACUGGUAUACCUUGCACAUUGGCCAGAAUGUCGAUAGAUGCGACAGUCCUGUAUAAAAAAGGUGAUUCGCAAAUUAAUAGAACACUAAACGUCCCGUCUACAGCUGUUGUUAGCGGUAAUUGCGGUAAUAAAUCUUCCGAAAUGACACUAAGCUGGUCAGAAUCAGAGAAAAAUAGUACGAUGAAUACAAUUACGUUUCAUAUUGGUAGAAAUGAGACUAAUUUCUUCGUUUAUCAAGUAGCGGCUACCGUAUAUUAUGAUAAAAAUGAUAAAAAAACAGCUAUACAGGGGGAGUCAUAUAGUAUGCAGGAUCUGUUUUCGGCAUCUGGGAUUAACGGACUUUAUAAUUGCACAGGUCUUAGUCACGAAAUAAAGGUCGAUGAUAUCCACUUAAACAUAACCAAUGUUACAUUUAUCGCAUUCAAUACCAAAGAAUAUCUUAACCCGAAAGAAGUGACAGAGUGUCCUGCCAACUCAGGCGGACAUAAACCUAUACCUUCUGUAGUAGGCUAUCCUUACGUAGUGAUAAAUAAGGAAAAUGUACCUUGCAUCGCAGCUAAUAUGUCGAUUUCUAUAAAAGUACCAUACGCGACAAAAGGUACAUCUACAACGCGCCAAACGACUUUGAUAGUACCAGAAAGUAGUAGUGGAAAGAAAAUGAAUGUAAAUGGCACGUGCGAGAAUGAAAAAUCUACAAUGAAUUUAAUUUGGACUGAGAAUUCAGAAGUUAAUUCCCAAGAAAAUAAGGUUACGAUUAAUUUUGUGAACGACAAAUCAAAUUAUUUCAUUCAGUCUAUGAACCUGUCUAUUUACUUAGAUGAUCAUACAUUUCCUGAAGCUAACGCUAUCGGUUCAUAUAUAAAUGUCACAACGGGAAAACUCGACAUAUUCUCCACUCCUCUAAACAAUGUGUACAAAUGCUCCGAUAAAACUUCGGUGAAUGCUCAAAAUGUCGUUAUAACUAUCGAUAAAGUUUCUUUGAUUGCGUUCAAUAAGGCGAAGAAUAUUACUUCGAAAUCAGUGAACUGUGCCAAUACUGAAUCAACUGAUAGUAAUGUUGGAGCCAUAGUAGGUGGUAUUAUCGGAGGUAUUAUUCUCGUCGGUAUAAUUGGAUAUCUAGGCGUGAUGUACAAGAGAAACAGAGGAUACGGUGUUUGAUAAUAAACACGAGUCAAAUUUGUGCAACUAUUAUCUAUUAUAGAAGUAGAUUUUAAAUUUACCAAGACAUUGCAAAAUAUCGAUAAACAAUAGGUUUUCAUUAGUGAUGGGAUCAAGUGCAGUGUGCACAAUGUACAUAUUGACAAACAGAUCCAUAUGAUGUACCAACACGCUUACAUAUGGCGCUGGGAAACUGCAUACUACAUUCGUUAAUUAUCCUGCUUUAGGAAACAAUUCGAUGUUUCGACCACCCUUCACGUUCCGUCACGGUUACGCCCACCCCAAUUAUCUCGUUUACUUGCCAAACUUCAAUAUGCGUUACGUCAUGUGAACGGUCGUGUGAACCGAAAAUCGAUUUGAAUGCAAAAUAGUAAAAUUGUACGACAAUUUUAUACGUUCGAAAACAAAAUUAGUUGCAGUAAUAUGAAUCUGUCAUCUUUAGUAUGUUUCUUGAUGUACUAAAAAAAAAAAAAAAAAAAAAUAAAUGUAUCUAUGAAUAAGUGAUAGAAUAUGUCGUCGAAUGUAAACCCUGGUAAAUAUAAAACCGGAAAAAGAUCGUAUUUCAUAGCGAUUUUGGGUAAAAUAAUAUCAAAUUCUGGACACACCCUCCUUUUACUACCUGGAUAUCAUAUCGUAUAUAACAGAUGUUGUAAUAAAAUCCAUGAUAAUCAGCGUUAAUUUCUCGUCGAGAAUAUUUACGAUCUUUUUAACUACGUAUGCAUCGAUCGAAACUUUUUACAUCCGUGGGAAUUAAGCAACUACUAGAAAAAAGUUGGUCUAGGUCGUUAAAGAUAUCCUACUCAAUUCAAGCAGUUUUCACCCUCGCAGAAAUAUCGAUCACCACUUCCGUUUUCCCACGCCAAGCAAUUGGUUUUGGGCUAUUGGCUCCCUGUAAUCUCGGAAAUAAUUGUUUCGUUUUUCGUUUCGAUUAUGAUCUUUCUGUCGUUUGUUUAGUGAACCAAUAAAUCAGGAUAGUCCUUUAGGACAGAUUUGGUUGAUAAAAAUAUUUGACUU